AUGAGCAGCACCGAGGAUGGAGAAAAGAUCCAGAUGGACCGUCAGGAUUGGCCCUGCGAUUACAAGACGUUGGCACCAGAGACGUCGGCUAACAAUGAAGAGAAGCCGCGGGAAUUGCAUUCCGUGGAGUUCAUACUCAAAGGGAAGGAGGUCCCUCCGUGGCAGAGACAGCUUACAUUGAGAGCUCUAGUUGUGAGCUGUGCCAUGGGAGCUUUCUGGACCAUUUAUAUCCUGAAGAUGGACCUGAUAUUAAACUUCAUCCCUCCCGUGAAUCUCUUCGGCGGAGCCUUCAGUUUCGUCUUCAUAUCUAUGUGGACGAAGCUGCUAAAUGCAACCGGCUUGUUGAGUCAGCCGUUCACGAGGCAAGAGAAUACCGUCGUUCAAACGUGCGUCGAUUCCAUCGUCAGCAUCGCUUUGAGUGGAGGCUUUUCGAGCUAUCUUUUCGCCAUGAGCGACACUGUCGCAAAGCAAAGUCCAGGACCAGUCGAUCCAUAUGAUAUCAAGAAUCCCAGCUUGGGGUGGAUGAUACUGUUUCUCUUUCUCACUAGCUCCGCCGGUCUAUUAUCUAUAUUGCCUCUUCGAAGGUUCAUGCUCAUUGACAAGAAGUUGACAUACCCAACUGGAUAUGCAACAGGUAAUAUAAUAAAUAGCUUCCACACUCCUCAGAUAGGCAAAUUGAAUGGCAGCUUCAAUUUCGCCUUCCAUUCAUCAUAUAUUGGUGUUGGAAUGAUGUCCCCCUUCGUGAUAACCUAUUCCCAAUUGCUUGGUGCAAUUCUCGCCUCGGGUAUAUUGUGGCCUUACAUAGACACCAAGAAGGGUGACUGGUAUCCUGCAGAUGCCACUGCCAGAAGGCUCAGCGGCCCCCGAGCUUAUCGGGUCUACUUUAGCCUCGCCAUCAUAACUGGCGAUGCGGUCUACAACAUGAUAAAGUUCAUCGUCAUCGGGUUGUUCAAGAAUAAGAAAAUCAGCAAUGCCGCCGGUUCGCCUUUCGCCGAGGAUCCCUUCCAUGAGAAGUCACCUGUCUCCUAUGAUGAAGAGGUCAGAACAAAGGCCUUCCUCGAGGACCUAAUCCCGAACGAAGUGGCUGUCGGCGGCUACGUGGCCAUCGCCAGCAUAUCCACCGCGGUCUUCCCUUUCAUCUUCCCUCCUCUCAAAUGGUACUACAUCUUGAUCAUAUACCUGAUCGCCCCAAUCCUGGGGUUCUGCAAGGCGUACGCCGCCGGCUUAACCGACAUGUCCAUAACGUCAAACCUGGGGAAGCUGGCCAUCUUCACCUUCGCCUCAUGGGCCGGGAAGGCCCGGGGCAGUGUCCUGGUCGGGCUCGCAGCAUGCGGGGUUAUCAUGAACUCGGUGGACGGGGCUUCUGACGUGAUGGAGAGCUUCAAAGUUGGGUACAUGACACUUUCUUCCCCCAAAUCCCUCUUGCUGAGCAAACUGAUCGGGACUUUGAUGGGGUGUGUGAUCUCCCCGUCCAUCUUCCUGUACCUCAGGAGCCACAACCCCGGGUUCGGGACGCCGCAAUCCCGGUUCUCGGCUGCUUGGUCUGGCAGCUUCCGAGAAGCCGCCACGCACGCGACAGGCGGGUUCUCGACGCUGCCGAAGCACUGCCUCGAGCUCUCCCUGGCCUUCUUCCUCGCGGCCAUUCUCGUCGACCUGCUCAGGGAUUCGAUGCCGAAGAAGUGGAGGAACGUGAUACCGAUCCCUGUGGCGUUCGCCGUGCCGUUCUACAUCGGAGCUUACAUCACCGUGGACAUGUGCGUCGGGUACCUGAUCUUCUACAUCUGGAGGGGGAAGAACAAGGUCCAAGCAGAGACGUUCGCGCCCCUUGUCGGGUCUGCUUUCAUAUUCGCAGAUGGGCUGUGGCUGUUCCCCGUCUCUGUGCUCAAUAUGAAGAAGAUAACUGCGCCAAUGUGCAUGAGAUUUUGGCCCAAGCAGAUGGAUUCUCAAGUAGAAACUUGCCUCAACAGUGACAGCCUCAUGUCUCUCUCUUCCCAUUUUCCCAUCGGAGUCAGGUCAUCGAUCUCCAACCCGCGAUUUCAGCCAGCCGGAGAUGCACUCGCGCCAAUGCUGCUCGUGCGAGGAUUAGUUGCAGGCUUGGCAAGGGCGAUGAUCAAGUAUGCUAAGAAAGCAGAAGGAUUAGUUGACAGGGUAGACAAUGUCGGAACAGGCGGCUAUGGCGCUAGCACUGUCAAACAUGUCGACCAGUGCUUCUACACUUGCUGCAGCUUGCGGUGUAACAGAGUUGCGAAGGUGACAUUGAUCUCCGCAUGA